AUGCAGCAAGCCAAGGCGCCGGCACCGUGGCUGACGGCGACGGCCACUGCCAUGAUCAGCAGCACCGACGACGUGCGGAGGACGGUGCAGGCGAAGCCAGUUGUGGUGGUGGGGCGGCGGGAGUGCUGCAUGGCGCACGUGGCCCGGUGCCUGCUCCUGGGCCAGGGCGCGAACCCGGCGGUGCUGGAGGUCAGCGACGACGCCGACCCAGCUGCGCUCGUCUUCGCGCUCUGGCCCAAGGACAACAGCACCAAGGUGGCCACCGAAGUCGCCUUCCCGGUGGUGUUCAUCGGGGGCAGGCUGCUGGGCGGGCUGGACAGCCUCAUGGCCAUGCACAUGGCCGGCGAGCUCGUGCCGGUCUUGAAGCAGGCAGGAGCCCUCUGGCUUUGAACCUCCGUGCACGCCGUGCCGUUAAUUAGUUAGCUCUCGCCAUAUAUGUGUGCGAGUGAUUUGUUUCGUGUUUAUUCUCGCCAUAUAUGUCCCCUUGCCAUCUAGUAGUAUUGUAGACUUCCCUUUGGGAAACGAAAAUGGCAAAGAAACAGAGUUUGUUCAUAAGAUGUGUGGAUAAGGACUUGGAAUCAUCCUACAGACUUC